AUAUCAUCCGGGUACAAAGAGGAAUUUCUGUGGAAAACAGCUGGCAGAUUGUUAGAAGAUACAGUGACUUUGAUUUACUGAACAACAGCUUGCAGAUUGCAGGCCUAAGUCUACCUCUUCCACCCAAAAAAUUGAUUGGAAACAUGGAUCGUGAAUUCAUAGCCGAGAGGCAGAAAGGCCUUCAGAACUAUCUUAAUGCUAUCAUGACAAAUCACAUCUUGUCUAAUUGUGAACUGGUUAAGAAGUUUCUAGAUCCAAACAACUAUUCCGCAAACUACACUGAGAUUGCCUUACAACAGGUUUCCAUGUUCUUCCGAUCAGAACCAAAGUGGGAAGUGGUAGAACCGUUGAAAGACAUAGGUUGGAGGAUAAGGAAGAAAUAUUUCCUGAUGAAGAUUAAAAACCAACCAAAAGAACGGCUAGUGUUGAGCUGGGCUGAUCUUGGCCCAGACAAGUACUUGCCAGAUAAAGACUUUCAGUGUUUAAUCAAACUUCUGCCUUCCUGUUUGCACCCUUACAUCUAUCGGGUUACCUUUGCCACAGCUAAUGAAUCCUCAGCAUUGCUGAUUAGGACGUUUAAUGAAAAAGGAACUUUGAAGGAUCUGAUCUACAAGGCAAAACCAAAGGACCCAUUCCUGAAGAAAUACUGCAACCCUAAGAAAAUUCAGGGCUUAGAACUUCAGCAAAUAAAAACAUAUGGACGGCAGAUAUUAGAGGUACUAAAAUUUCUCCAUGACAAGGGAUUCCCUUACGGCCAUGUUCAUGCUGCUAAUGUGAUGCUAGAUGGGGACACUUGCCGGCUGCUAGAUCUUGAGAAUUCCUUAUUGGGUCUUCCUUCCUUCUACCGAUCCUACUUCACACAAUUCAGGAAAAUUAAUACUUUGGAAAGUGUAGAUGUCCACUGCUUUGGCCACUUACUGUAUGAAAUGACUUAUGGACGACCUCCAGACUCAGUGCCUGUGGACUCCUUUCCUCCUGCACCAUCCAUGUCUGUGGUGGCCGUGUUGGAGUCUACGCUGUCUUGUGAAGCCUGUAAAAAUGGCAUGCCUACCGUCUCCCGGCUCUUACAGAUGCCAUUAUUCAGUGAUGUUUUACUAACAACUUCUGAAAAGCCACAGUUUAAGAUUCCCACAAAAUUAAAAGAGGCAUUGAGACUUGCCAAAGAGUGUAUAGAAAAGAGACUCAUUGAAGAACAGAAGCAGAUUCACCAGCAUCGUAGACUUACAAGAGCUCAGUCACACCAUGGAUCUGAGGAAGAAAAGAAAAGGAGAAAGAUCUUAGCUCGAAAAAAGUCAAAACGAUCUGCUGAAAAUAGUGAAGAGCAGUCAGCAAAGUACAGCAACUCCAAUAAUUCAGCAGGAUCUGGGGCCAGCUCACCUCUUACAUCCCCAUCAUCUCCAACUCCACCCUCUACAGCAGGGCUAUCUUCUGCAUUACCUCCUCCUCCACCACCUCCUCCACCACCUCCGCCCCCACCAGCAGGACCCUUGCCAACCUCGGGCACAGAGAUGUCUGCCCCGCUCCUACCCCAGGCUAUGAAUGGCAUGAGCCGUGGGGCCUUGCUCAACUCCAUCCAGAAUUUCCAAAAGGGAACUUUGAAGAAAACCAAAACCUGUGAUCACAGUGCUCCUAAGAUUGGCUGAUGCUUCCUGUUUACAUUGGGGGGUGGGGGGAAUCCUUAUCCUCUAAAGUACCUGCUUCCUAGGUGAGUCUUUACAGAGCCUCCCUAAUGUACCUUCUUCCUGGGUGACUCCUUGCAGAGCAAAUACAGUCAGUCUUACAGAUAUACUCCAGUAAGGCUUUUCAAGAGGGAAAUGCCCUCCAAAUAGAGUAAAAUAGGGCCAGCAUUGCUGCCUUAACAUUUUGCUCCUCUGUGACUAAGUCUUGGUCAUCCUCUGAUGGGCAUCUUUUAGGGGCAGCAGCAUAUGAGGAAACAAUAUUUUCACCAGCUAAAGGAAAUGGACAGAAAAAAGCAGUGACAACAUUCUGUCACAGCAUUGAAUGGCCUUCAUGUUACAGUCCCUCCUCCAUCAGAAAUGUUCUUCACGUAGCUCAUUUCUCUGAAGAAUUUUCUGGUUAUUUCUUAGGUAAUUCUGGUUUGUGCUACCUUUAUUUCACCUCAGACAUUCAUUAACAUUAUAACCAAGACAUAGUUAAGUUGCUGAGUCAGAGAAGCAAGAGAUCUUUAUUUUCUCCUAAAACAGAACAGGAAGAAUUUCCCAGUCUCAAGUUCCAGUGGGAAUCUUGUUGUGGUUUAUGAACUCCAGGCUGAGAAUGACUACUCUGGAGUUACAGUUUUCAGUCAGAAUGUAUGGAAACAGAAAAACAUCUUGCCAAUUAAAGGAUCUUCUUAGUCCUCAGCAAUUAAAUCAAGUUUGGGGUAUAGGGAGGGUCACUAUUUUAAGUAAAUCUGGCAUCUAUAGGAACCAAUUCUGACUUUUGAUUUAUCCAAGUUCAUCUUUUUGUUACUCAGUUACUAGAAAUCUUUUAUCCCAUGAUUUGCUUAAACUUUUAAAUAAAUUGCACUUUAAAGGAUUAUAAAUAAUCCAUUUUAAAAUUCAAGUACACACAUCAGUGUUGGUUACUAUGCAGAAAGAAUGUCAUUGUGUAUAGUUUCAUGUAAUCUGUGAUAAAUGUUCAGCUGUAUUUUUUUUAAAAUAAACCAUGUCAAGAAAAUGUG